AUGGCGACACAGGGGACCUGGCCUUGGUUCCUGACUUGCGCUUUGCCCUUGCUCAUCUCAACGGGUUCAGCUCAAGAACCAAAAGGCUUCUCUAUCCCAGAACACGGAUUUUGCCAGUCCAUCUCGAUCCCUCUGUGCACCGACAUCGCCUACAACCAGACCAUCAUGCCUAACCUACUGGGUCACGCCAACCAAGAAGACGCCGGGCUGGAGGUUCACCAGUUCUACCCGCUGGUUAAAGUCCAGUGCUCGCCGGACCUCAAAUUCUUCCUUUGCUCCAUGUACGCACCGGUUUGCACGGUUCUGGAGCAGGCGAUCCCCCCUUGUAGGACUUUAUGCGAACGGGCCCGGCAGGGCUGCGAGGCGCUGAUGAAUAAAUUUGGCUUUCAGUGGCCUGAGAGGCUACGCUGUGAGAACUUCCCUGUCCACGGUGCUGGCGAGAUCUGCGUGGGUCAAAACACAUCUGAGAGUAAUGCUCCCCCGCCAGCUCCGACACCGGACCUCCUGGAGCGCUUGAACUUUCCGUCUCACCCUUCAAGCAACCCGGUCUUCUCCUGCCCGCCGCAGCUCAAGGUGCCAGCCUACCUCAGCUACAGCUUCCUCGGCGCCAAGGACUGCGGUGCCCCCUGUGAGGUCUCCACACCCAACGGGCUGAUGUACUUUCGAGAGGAGGAGCUAAAGGUCGGGCGGCUCUGGGUCGCUGUCUGGGCUGUCCUGUGUUGCAUCAGCACGCUUUUCACCGUCCUCACCUAUGCGGUCGAUAGCCAGCGCUUUCGGUACCCGGAGAGACCGGUGGUCUUUCUCUCUGGUUGCUACUUCAUGGUGGCGCUGGUGUAUGUCGCCGGUUUUCUGCUUGAGGACAAAGUUGUCUGCGUGGACAAGUUCAAGGCAGACGGUUACAGGAUGGUGAUUCAAGGCACCAAAAAAGAGGGCUGCACCAUCCUCUUCAUGGUGGCCUACUUCUUCAGCAUGGCAAGCUCCAUCUGGUGGGUCAUCCUGUCGCUCACCUGGUUCCUGUCGGCAGGGCUGAAGUGGGGGCACGAGGCUGUCGAGGCAAAUUCCCGCUACUUCCACCUGCUGGCGUGGACAGUGCCGGCGUUGAAAACCGUCACCAUCCUCGCCAUGGGACAGGUGGAGGGUGACCUCCUGACCGGCGUGUGCUAUGUGGGCGUGUACGACGUGGACGCCCUGCGGGGCUUUGUGCUGGCUCCGCUCUUUGUCUACCUCCUCGUCGGUACUUCCUUUCUGCUGGCCGGCUUUGUGUCGCUCUUUCGCAUCCGCACCAUCAUGAAACUCGGCGGUGCUGAUACGGACAAGCUGGAGAAGCUGAUGGUGCGGAUCGGCGUGUUCGGCGUGCUCUACACGUUACCUGCCGCCGCUGUGGUGGCCUGCCACUUCUACGAGCAGGCCCUGCGUCCGCGGUGGGAGCGCACCUGGCGCAUGCAGACCUGCAAACGCUUUGCUGUGCCGUGCCCGUCGGGAAACUUUGCUCCGCUGUCCCCGGACUUCACCAUGUUCAUGAUCAAGUACCUGAUGACCAUGAUCGUUGGGAUAAUGUCCAGCUUCUGGAUCUGGUCCAGAAAGACCGUGCAGUCCUGGCGCCACUUUUAUAGUAGACUGAGUGGAUCUGAGCUGGGCGAUGCCACGCUUUAG